AAAGGGAAUCCGGGAAGGGGGCGGUCCCACCGCGGGGGGGUAUAUAGGGAGCCGGAGCGCGCGGCUGGCCGUACAGCAGCAGCAGGAGCAGGACACGAGGGCGACUUUCGGCGGCACGAGAGCGCUUCAGUCCCAUAGAAUCCUCCUUUGGCGACACUGCGCUAAGAACUCUGAUCAUCUCCCUGUGAACUGGCAUUAAAGCGUUCCUUUCAGUUAUUAGUGGUACACAAAUGGAUUUUUCAUCGGAUACAUUUCCCGUCUUAGUGUAAUAUUAUUAUACAUUUCUGCACUGCUACUUAAAACUUUUGACAGCUUAAAAAGUUUCAAGUUCCAUAAGGAAUUUUCUUUUUUAAGUUACUUUUUAAAGAGUCUUUUUGUCCUUUUCACGGCACCAUUAUGUGGUUUUAUUAUGCGCUGUGCUGUGCUGCGCUUCUGUGCGCGAGCGUGGCGCGCGGAGCGUGGCAGGAGGACACGGCGGUGCCGGUCCGAAUCGACGCGACGGAGCCCCCCGGGCACGCGGCUGCUGAGAAACGGAUCUACCGGCUGGACGUCUUUGGCAAGCGGAUGGUGCUCGAGCUCGAGCCGGACCACACUUUCCUGGCGCCCGGGUUCGUCUUCCAGGCGGUGGGACUGCCCGGCGAGGGUUCGGAGCCCGAGGCGCGCGGCUGGGGACGGGGGUCGGACGGCUCGGACUCGCCGCGCUGCUUCUACUCGGGAUCCGUGAACGGGGAGGCCGGUUCGGCAGCCGCGAUCAACGUGUGCCGUGGGCUCCGGGGCGGCUUCUACGUGCGCGGAGAGGAGUUCUUCAUCGAGCCCGGCAACAACGUCACGGACACGGGCGCGUCCGAGCGCAGCCGCCACACGGUCCGCCGGAGGAGCCGCACGCUGCGCGCCGGGGAGGGCGGCUCCAAGUGCGGCGUGAACGAGGAGGAGGAGCGGGUGCCCGAGCAGCGCCGCGAGGAGGAGCCGCGAGCGCAGGGGGCCGCAGCGCGCCGUCGAUCGCGCCGCUUCGUGUCCAGCCCACGCUACGUGGAGAUGCUGCUGGUGGCGGAUCAGUCGAUGGUCGAGUUUCACAAAAAAGGACUCAAGUCAUACCUGCUGACCAUCAUGGCUGUAGCCUCUCGCCUGUACCGCCACCCCACCAUCCACAACUCCAUCAGCCUGGCCGUGGUGAAGCUGCUCGUGGUCCACGAAGGGCAGCACGGGCCGGACGUCACCUCCAACGCGGCCCUCACCCUCCGCAACUUCUGUCAGUGGCAGCGGCAACACAACCCGCCCAGCGACCGGAACCCUGAGCACUACGACACGGCCGUGUUGUUCACAAGAAAGGAUCUGUGUGGCGCUCACUCCUGUGACACAUUAGGCAUGGCAGAUGUGGGCACUGCGUGUGAUCCUGAAAGGAGCUGCUCCAUCAUCGAAGAUGACGGCCUGCAGGCGGCGUUCACUGUGGCACAUGAGCUGGGUCACGUGUUAAACAUGCCCCAUGAUGACGCAAAGCAAUGCGGCAGUAUCAACGGCGCCAACUGGAACUCCCACAUGAUGGCAUCCACCCUGUCCAACCUGGACCAGCUGCAGCCGUGGUCCCCCUGCAGCGCCCUCAUGGUCACCUCCUUCCUGGAUAAUGGCCACGGUCAGUGUCUGCUGGACAAGCCCCAGAAGCCUCAGCCACUGCCCAAGGCCCUGCCAGGCUCAGUGUAUGAUGCAGACCAACAGUGCCAGCUGACUUUUGGGGAGGACUCCCAGCAUUGCCCGGACCUGAGCACGACCUGCGCUGCCCUCUGGUGUACCGUGACAGCCCCCGGGGGUCUUCUUGUCUGCCAGACGAAAAACUUUCCCUGGGCCGAUGGCACGCCGUGUGGGCCGAACAGCUCGUGCCUGGCUGGCCAGUGUCUAACCAAGAAGCAGGCUGUGGAGUACCAGGUCCCUGUCAAUGGUGAUUGGGGGGAGUGGGGUCCCUGGGGGGACUGCUCACGCACGUGCGGGGGUGGGGUGCAGUACUCCUUCAGGGACUGCAACAACCCUGUGCCCAAGAAUGGGGGCAAGUACUGCGAGGGCAAGAGGAUCCAGUACCGCUCCUGCAACACCCAGCUGUGCCCCGACACUAAUGGUCUGUCAUUCCGUGAGGAGCAGUGCCUGGCCCACAAUGACAUCUUCACCAGUAUGUCAUUUGGCUCAGGAGAUGGAGUUGAGUGGGUCCCCAAGUAUGCGGGCAUCUCCCCCAAAGACCGCUGCAAGUUGGUGUGCCGAGCCAAAGGGACAGGCUACUUCUUUGUCCUAAAACCCAAGGUGGCAGACGGAACUCCUUGCAGCCCCGAUUCCACAUCUGUGUGCGUGCAAGGCCAAUGUGUGAAGGCUGGCUGCGACCGGGUCAUCGGUUCUAACCGCCGCUUUGAUAAGUGUGGCAUCUGCGGUGGGGAUGGAACCACAUGCAAGAAAGUGGCUGGGUCACUGGAUCGUGCCAGGCCUGGUUAUCAGGAUGUAGUGACCAUCCCUGCUGGAGCCACGCAUGUGGAUAUAAAACAGAGAGCUGCGGGUCGUCAUGACAGCAGCUACCUAGCCAUCCGAAGGCAGAAUGGGACCUACCUGCUGAACGGGGAAUAUAAGCUGACCACACUGGAAACUGACAUUUCCCUGCGGGGGGCGCUGCUUCGCUACAGCGGCUCCUCGGCCUCCCUGGAGCGCAUCCGAAGCUUCGCGCCGCUCCCAGAACCCCUCACCAUCGUGGUCCUCUCAGUCGGGGACUCUCCUCAGCCCCGCAUCAAGUACAGCUACUUCGCCCCGCGGCCCGCCUCCCGCCGCCGCCUCUCCAUUAACGCCAUCCAGGAGUCCGGUGGUGCCGAGUGGGUGCUGCGCGACUGGGGCUCCUGCUCCAAGACGUGCGGCGGUGGAGUGCAGCAGCGUGACGUUGACUGCCUGGACUUCCAGGGCCGGCCCUCGUCCGAAUGUCCCCUUGAACUGCGGCCGGUUUCUUCGCAGCCGUGCGCCCCUCAUCCCUGCCCCGCGUGGCAGCUGGAGGAGUGGUCCGCCUGCUCCAAAACCUGCGGGCAGGGCUUCCGAAAGCGUUCCCUGCGAUGCCUGAGGCACGACGGUCAUCCUCUACCCCACGAGAGCUGUGAUCCCGACAAGCGGCCGAGGCCCCGACUGGACCUGUGCAGCCUAGGGCCCUGCUAAAGACCGUGUCCGAGGAAGGGAGCCCGAAAAAGACUCCCAAAAGGACAUUUGGAAGAGAAACAAAACACUUCUAGCAAAUUAUAGCAAAUUAAUUGCUGUAACUGUCUGUUACUUACAGCUGUAUACAUUCCAGCAAAUUGUACAGGACAAAUGAGCCUGCGAGGAGAAUGUUUACAUUUUGAACAGUGUUUAGAAUGGUGUGCGUCUCCGUGGGGAGCGGUGAGGCCACGGUCGCGCCGUCAGGUUGGUCGCACGCAGACAGGACGCCGGGCAGAGCCGAAGGUGCGCUUGGCACGUAGUUGAAAUGCUCUGCUCGUAUUUGAUGAGCUUCGCGAGAAAAGAAAAAAAAAAUGACACAUUGGUGUUGAAGUAUGCUGCUCUGAGCAUCGAGGGUGAGGUGUGUGUGUGUGUGUGCGUGUGUGUGUGUGCGUGCGUGCGUGCGUUCUGUCCGAGCUGGACUGGACAGAAGUAAUUCUGAUUCUCAGCAAAAGUUAGAAUGAGGUGUUCUACAACACUUCCCGCCUUGCAAAAGAGGAAGCUCUGGCACCUGAAAGCUCACCUUCACAUUGUUAUCCUCUCAUCCUCUUCCAUCACCUCUUGUCUCCGCCUGUUCCAGCAAGGGGUUUCAGCCAACGGCUGACGAGUUGCAGUCAACGUCCCGCUCGGAGGAUCCUUCUUCGACCCGCCAAUCGUGCUUCGCACUCCCUGUUCUUCCUUUCCUUAUGCCCCCCCGCCAUCCCGUUACGCACCGCCAACCCUGUACCUUCAGUACCAACUCACCUAAUAUCAGUCAUCCAGCACAUUGUUAGUUC